AACCACUACUUUGAUACUGUGGAUCAGUAUCCUACCCUCAACUCUACAAAAGGAAACAAACAAAAGUACCACACAGCAUAAGGAAAAAUGCGCCUCCCCUACGCCCCCAAAACCCCACCCCCGGGAACAUCCCCCACCACGAGCGAAAUCUACGCCCGCAUUGCCGCGCGCCGGCACCCCCGGCCGCUCAUCCCGCUAGAUCUCUCCCUGCUGCACUCCCCGCCGGUCGCGGACGGGUGGAACAGUUUCCUGGGCGCGAUCCGCACGCAAACCGUCAUCGACCAGGGACUGCUGGAGCUGGCCGUGUGUCGGGUCGCGGUGCUGACGGAGGCGGUGUACGAGUGGAACGCGCACGCGCCGCUGGCGUUGAAGGGGGGCAUUCAGCCGGCGGAGCUGCAGGCCGUGCGCACGCUGCCCUCGACGGCGGGCGAGGAGGAAGAGGUUGGUGCGGCGUUGAGCGGGAGUGCGUUGAGCGCGCGGCAGCAAGCUGUGGUCAAAUAUGCGGAUGAGAUGACGCUGCGGGUGAAGGUGCGGGAUGGGACGUUUGCCGCCCUGAAGGAGGCGGGGAAGGGUGGGUUCAGUGAUCGUGAGGUUGUGGAGUUGACGACGGGGAUUGCGGGGUAUAAUUGCGUGAGUCGCGUGUUGGUGGCUCUGGAUAUUGGGGAGAAUAAUGCGCGGGAGAUGAAGAGUGUGGAGGAGUUGGUGGAGGAAUUGAAGAAUUGAGUCAAAAUGGCUUGGGGCAAGGAGGAGGAGGUUGUAUAUAGGUAUAUAUAUCUUCGAACGGGAUUGAAUAUAUGGUUGUGCAUUU